AUGCCACCUCUUGUGUCCGAAGAACCAGACGAGACAUCUAGUCUGGAUCAAGAAAGUGUAUCAGGGGAAGUCGAUGUCGAGUCUAAUGCAAAUGAAGAUCUGAUUGGCCCUACGAUCAAUGUGCGCGUUGUAGCUGCGGCUGGCAAACCAAUGGCAAAGCGGAACACAGAAGAGGUGGGUGAGCGAGACACCGAUUCUGCACAUGCACCCAACCCGGAAGACAGCGCGUUGGACGAACAGUUACAACGGUCAGCUGAGGAAGAAGGUAGUGACGACGAUGAGGCUGAAAGUUCCUCUCCUCCGCGGGCCGAGGCAACCACAGACUCUCCUGUGAAGGGAGAAGACAGUGAGGCGGAUGCAGAUGCGGACGAGGAUGAGGACGACGAGGCCAACGCUGUCUCUGACGCUGAUGACAAGGAUGCCGAAGCCGAGAGCGACACUGACGCAGAUGCGGAUGAAGAUGCGGAGGCUGAGACCGAUGACCCUGCUCAAGAAGACAACAGCGGCGAUGAAGAGAGUAGUGACGACGCAACAAGUGACGGCAAGAGUCAAAGCUCGGAUGAAUCUGACAGCGAAGACUCAAGCUCGCAGUCUGAGCAGGGUGAAGAGGUUGCGAAAGAAACUCAAACAAAUCAUGCGGAACCUGAAUGUAUGUUUUGUGAUAAGACCAAUGAUACAGCCUCUGCAGAUGCCGAUACGCUUUUGGCUUGUUCGGGUUGCGGGAAACAUGCCCAUCUGCGCUGCCUUCAAGAAAGAGACGAAGUCGAGAACGAUAAAACUGGUGCAUGGCAGUGUCCUGACUGUCUACAGCAGCCGGGCCAAUCCGAAUCUCCAAAGGAACAAACGGUGCGAUCGAAGAAUUCAGCACCUCGACUUGUCAGAGAUUUAUUACCUGUCACUCGGGGUGUGCAGAAACCUGGCUCACACUCAAUCUUCGCGCAGCCAUUGAUACAAGAAGGUGAAGAUGGAGGACGAGCUCUCAGAAAGAGGAAAUCGCCCACUGAAGAACCUCCACCGACAGAGAAGCGACGCCGUAAAGUCACCCCGCGGGCACUGGAAGCCAUCUCGGUGGAUAGCAAGGCUGAGGAGGAGAAAGCAGUCGCCCACUCAACGAGAGCAAGCCAGAAGAUUACCAAACCAGUUGCACGAAUCUUGCAACACCGCCCAUUCAACAAAGCGCCACCACACAAAUUCAUCCUCGCAUUCCACUUGGGACAGUCUAAGAUCGAAGAGAUCCUAAACAAGCCUCCUCGGCCGGGAAGAAGGAAAGCUGCCCCAGUUAGAGAAAGAAAAAAAGUACCCAAGAUACCGGCGCCGGUUUAUCAACCUCCAGUGCCCAAAUUUCCUGCCUUGCCGACCCAUCACCUCAUCUUUCCCUCGGCGUUCACAGAUCGCGAAGCGGAGCUCAACGCCAAGCCGUAUGGCGGGAUACUCACAGAGGCAGAAGCUGACACAUCACGGUCAUUGCCACAGCUGAAAGAUCGUGAAAUCUUCGAGAUUGCCAGAAAGGAAGCAGAAGAAGAACGUCGAAGGACAUCUGCUGCAGCCGAAGCGGAAAUUAACGGAGACAAGGAGGGAACGUCAAAGCCUAAUCGAACCGUGUCAGGACCACCGACCAAGAUCAAAUGUAUCCAGUUUGGCAAGUUUGUCAUUGACACCUUUUAUGCGGCGCCAUAUCCCGAAGAAUAUUCACAUGAAUCGAGACUCUUCAUUUGUGAAUUCUGCCUGAAAUACCUACCUUCUGAGUUUGUGGCGUAUCGGCACAAAUUGAAAUGUCCCGCCAAACAUCCUCCCGGGGACGAAAUCUACCGCGAGGGCACGUUGUCAGUGUGGGAAGUGGACGGACGCAAGAAGACCGAGUACUGCCAAUGUCUUUGUCUAAUGGCCAAAAUGUUCCUUGGCUCGAAAACGCUGUACUACGAUGUUGAGCCAUUCUUGUUUUACAUCUUGACAGAAUAUGACGAAUUUGGAUACCAUUUUGUCGGCUAUUUCAGCAAGGAAAAGCGCCCCGCGAGCCAGAAUAAUGUUAGCUGUAUAUUGGUGAUGCCGAUACAUCAGCGAAAAGGAUAUGCGACGUUUCUCAUCGACUUUUCAUAUCUCCUGACCAGAAUUGAAGGCAAAGAGGGAUCGCCAGAGAAACCUCUGUCAGAUAUGGGUCUGACAGCAUAUCGGUCGUAUUGGGAUUUGACCAUCUCGCGUCACCUUCUUGACAUCGGCCUCAAGCCUUUCAGCACGAGAACGCUUAUGGCUAGGACUGGCAUGACGGCAGAUGAUGUGAUUCAUUCUUUGGAAAGACUAUACGCUUUUGUGAAGGACCCAGUGACCAAAACAUAUGCAGUCCGAUACGACAAGAAACUGUACGAACGAAUAGUCGAUGAGUUCGAUUCCAAGAAGCAUCGUAAGUUACGACCCGAAGCCUUGAUAUGGACUCCCUAUAUCAUGGGUCGUAGCGAUCAAGCCACCCUCGACGGACAGCAUUUGCAAGCUCUGGCCCCUCGCGACGAUGACGAGGACGAGGAAGAAAAAGAGGAGACUGGGCCUGGCGAAGUUGUUUCCAAAGCUGGGAAAUCCCUUACAGAAGUGGACACUGAAGUUGACGUGCUUGAUUCUGGUAACAUAUCGCCCAGGUCGAGGGCGAAGUCUACAACAGCUGUGUCUCGACGUGCAUCAGUCACGGCUGCGGUGGAUUCCGAUACGAAGGCAGAGUCUCAAGAUGAUCCACUUACCAAUGACCUCGGUGUGGUCGCUCCGGGUCCACCAUCCACAGAUGCCAUGAACGGUACCGUUUCCACGCAGCUUACACAGCCUGCACUCAAGGUUAAUGGCCUCAGUGUUGGGUUAGUAAACGGGGAUGGGAUGACCAGCGAGGACUCCAGGAAUGCGAAGUCUGAGAACAACGAUGCGGCUGAUGUCCAAGCGGAAGAAGGAAGCAAAGUAGCAGCACAUAAACAGGACACCAAGAUGCCAGAACCUCCUCUGACGGGCUACGCUCUUGCAUAUCGCACACUCAACAUCCCUCCUACACGGUUCCAGAUUGAUCCACCGAUUCACCCCGCCAUGCUUAGGCAACGGAGCACGAAGAAGCGGAAUUUAACGACUGCGUUCGGACGUGCUGGGUCUGGGUCCAAUGCGAAUGGGAAUACGACCCACACCACUCCCGCCGUUGCGGUACGAAGUUCACCACGCCAUGCCAAUACCGUGGCCAAUGUCAACGGCGGAGGAGGAGGAGGCGCUAGCACCACGACGAGGACUCGCACCGGCAGUCUUGACAUGGGCAAAGGCAAAGAGACGUUGUCUGUCCCAAACACGCCUGCACGACGGAGUAGUAGGAGAAGCGCUCUUGCAAAUUCAAGUACGAUUGAAGUGCUCACUCCCUUCAAUGCCCCCGCCGCCUCCCAGGCUGGCCCGAGUACGAGGACUACAAGGGCUCGGAGUUCCAGAAACGACUCGACGACUGUUGAUAUUGAGGAUGGCGAUGUCAUUGAAGUUUCAACUGCAACUGCUGCUGCUUCUGCCAAGGCUGUGCACGCCGAAGUCGAUGCCGAGGCUGACGAGGAUGUCGAUGCGCCCGCGGACGAGGAUGAAGAUGAGGAAGAGGAGAAGGUGAAUGACAAGGGCAAGGCUCGUGCCAAUGUCGUCGAGGAAGAAGACGAUCAAGACGCCGAGGCUGAUUCAUCUAGUGGCGGUGAUGAAGAGGAAGAUGAUGAAAAUUCCGAAGACGAAGAAGAAGAAGAUGAUGAUGAUGACGAUAAUGGUGAAGAAUCAGAAGACGAGACCUCGGACGCUGUGAUACCGGAGGAGGAAGAAAGUGACACAACUGGAGAUGACGAUGGGGAUGCCCCUGCAGAUGACGAUGAUGAUGACGACGACGACGAAGAUGCAGAAGUAGAUGAGGACGAGGAAGAUGACGAUGAGGACGAUGAAGAGGAUGAGUAG